AUGUUAGUUGAUGUGGGAGGUGACUUGAAACAAAAAUAUAUCUUCUGCCCCGUCCCUCAGAACCCAGAAUCCCUGGACUCGUCCAUCCAGAGUGUCCUGUCGGCUCUGUUCCCGCCCUUUGAGGUCACAGCGCCCACCGUCCUCAGUCAGCUGUUUAGGACCAUCGAGGAGCGUUUCCACGGUGACGCACUGCACUGCUUGCUGGACUUCCUCAUCCCGUCCAAACACCUCUUGGAGAGUGUGCAGCAGGCGGCGUGUGCUGCAUACUCGGAUGUGCUGUUCCGUUGUGAGGGCUGGCCCCUGUGCCUCCGUGACAGGACCGUGAUCCAGCUGGCCCCCCUCAACCCUCUCCUGCUGCGCCCCGGAGACUUCUACCUGCAGGUGGAGCCCUUUGGCGAACAGGCUGCCCGCAUUGUCCUCAAGAGUCUCCUGGAGGAGGGCUGCCACGAGGUGGAGGAGACCCCCAUCCCCGACACCACUUACCCCUAUAUCUUUACCCUUGAUUGGCUGAGGGAGGUGAACGACGGACGCCAUGGCACCCCGCUGUCCCAAUGCCUGCUUUCCACCGACCAGGGAGUGAUGAAGGUGCCCUGGGCGCAAGUGGCAAUCCCCGAGUUUCUGGUCAAGCACAAGACCAUGACUACAUCAAGUGUUAUCCGGGACGUUCCGUUUGAGUCACGGCAGUUGCAGAUUCCAUCCUCUUCCGACUCUACCGCUUCCGCCCUUUCUCUGGAGACCAUGAUCCUUCCUGCCAGGGACGGGAUAUCUGUGUCCUUGCGACUUAUGGACGGUACCUCGAAACUAAUCAAGGGUGACCAUGAGAAAUCUGUCACCAAACCGCAUGCCAAACCACUAGUCAAGCCUGUGGGCUGGGUGUCGCCCAACACCUGGGACACCAGCUGGAACUACUGCGAGAUUGAAGGUGACUAUGUGGAUUUAGUGGAGUUCUCCAAGGAGAAAGAGUCUCCUGCGGGACGCAGUAGGACUCCCAAACCUUCAAAUCCUCCCCCUUUGUUCAAACCGGUCAGGCCCCCUCCUCCUAUACCACUUGGGAGCAGCACCCCCUGUGGGUGCACCCUCAGGUUUUCAGAGGAGCCUUGCACACCAUGCAGCCAGAGGAGGCUAGGGCAGGAGCCUAGUGGGCAUGAACUAAAGUGCAGGUACAGAGACUCUUACCUAGCAGCCCUGCGCAACCCAGUUCCCUUUGAGAGGGGGAGCGUAGGACUGCUAGCUGCUCUGGAGGAGUCCGGCCCCUGCGGAGGGGAGGAGUCUGGCUUCGAGGGUCACGCCAGAGGUCUGGGUCAGGAUCACUGGGAGUGCUGUAACCACUAUAAGGAGCCUAUUGGCGUGGUUGAUGUCUUUGACUGUGACUUCACCUCCAAGCCAGUUUGGAACCCGGAGGCAGUGAAAACCAUUGGUAAACACAAGGCCAAGCCCAGGGCAUUCUCCACUGUGUCCGAGACUGCCAGAGGAAGUCCUCUGGUCCAUAAACUGAACAACAGGAGCCACAGUGACAUCUGUCCAGAGAUGACCCCCGUCUGUGUCCAGGUGGUGCAGUGUAAGAAAAUCAAUGCCUUCGGCCUGGUGUCCCCCAAGCUGGAGAGGCGGCAGUCUGCAAAGAAUGCUCAAGAUCCCUCGCCUGGCAAAGUUGAAACACAGGCUACUGCACCCUCCAUCGGACCUGACACCAAACUCCAGAGUCCAAAGACCAAGCCCUCAGCGCCCCCAAUCCCACCCCCCUCCCCCAUACACAGAGCUCCUCCAUAUCCUCCCUCCCAAGACUCCAUCUUCAGAAGUAUCAGUGGGCUACUUCACCUGGGCUUCGUCAGUCUACCAGGUAGCAGAGACAGGGUGGGCAGGGCCGUGCUGGAGGUCCAUGGGAACAGGCAGGCCUGGAUGUCUCAUCUGCUGUCUGCCCAGGAGGUGUGUAAAGUGCUACUUUACCUCCACUCCAUCCCCAGAAAAGAGGUCCGGGACCUGGGAAUGACAGUGGUGAUCAAUGCCAGAAAGAUACACCCUCCCUCCCUCUUCUACAAAGCCCUAAUGAUGGUUCAGGAACAAGCCCUGAAUGCAGUCCAUAGUGUGCUGAUACUGGUGGAUAAAGACACAAGCCCUCGCCCUGAAAGACACCCUGGGCUACAGAUGGAAGUGGUGACCUCUCUGAAGGCCCUGCACAAGAUGGUGGAGGGACAACAGCUGACCUCUGACCUAGGUGGGAACUUUCCCUACAGCCACACUGAUUGGCUGCAGUUUCACCAGAAACUGGUUUCCUUUGUGUCGGAGUUGCAAGGGGCAGCCCAUUUACUACAUAGAGCAAUCAAGAAAAUUGAUGGUAAUCUCAAAACGGACACCGCCCAGGAUGUUCAGCUAUCUAUUCACGAUCAGAAGACCUCAAUGAAAGAGGUGCUGCAGGAUGCCCGAUUGGUCCCUUUACAGAGAGAAGGUGGAGCCAUUCUGACCAGAAUGAGGAGGGAGGAGUUUCGAUUUACCAAGUCCGACGACUACAGGGAUGCCUUGGAGUCGGUGACGGUCCUAUAUAACCAGGUGGAGGAGAAUGUUCACACCCUGGUGAUGAAGUCCAAUGAAUCACUACAGCAUCUGGACUUCCUGCUCAAACUCAGGGAGGCGGAGUCAAAUCUUAACAUGGCCAAGGCAUGGUUUGAUACAGAAGGAGAGCAAUGGCUGGUGUUCUCCAACUCCACCGAGGACACACUGGAGAGUGUGAACCAAGCCCUUCAGCGCUUUGACACCAUCCUCACUCAGGCCAAGGAGAAGAAACAGAAGACCUUGACCCUGGUGAUGGAGGUGGAGAAGAUUCUGGGUUCCACCAACUCCAACCCCGAGACUGAGGUUUUUAGGACCGUGAUGAACACGUUCAAAUCUAAUAUGGCCGACUUUAUGUUGCGCGCUGAGCAACAGCGUACCGAGCUUGACAACAUGGCGCAUGUCUACCGCUUCUGUGAAGAGGCUGCUGCCCUUGCCAAGGAAUGCAGGCAAUAUCUUGAGCAGCUAGAGACGGAGCGCUAUCCUGCCAAAGCCUGUCUAAGCAUGCUUAAGACCUACGAGGAGAGAUUGGGUGACUGCUUCUCGUCCCGACACUUCCAGAAGAUCAAAGCCAAAGCCUGCAGCGUGAGAGGCUCUAGGGAGAUGAAUUUGUGGAAUUCCACCUGGAUCCAGUGCCAGGAAGUCAGCCAGCGGCUGGGGGAGAGGCUGCAGCAGCAGGGGAAUGCAGCCAACAAAUACCAGCAGCAGCUCACAGCUGGCGGAGCUCAAGUGAAAGACAGGGUGUUGGAGACUUGGAAGGAGAGGGAGAAAGAGGAGGAAGACAAGGAGGUGGUUGUGGCCCCUUGCUCCCUAACCCAAGUCUCAAACUCCCCUCCAGGGGUGGCCGAUAUGGCAAAUAACUCAGGGAGGGCCUCCGUGGAACAGAUGGAGAGCAGAGACAGCCGUGCUAGGUACAGCGCUAACAUUGCGUGUUUUAACCUCCCUUUCAAAGAGGACUUGAAAGGGAGCAAAGGAGCAUCCCAGUUGGCCAAAUCCCCAGGCAUAGAGGGGGAACUGACACCAGCGGUGCCCCAAGAUGGAGAAGGUGGACCAGGAAGGCACCACAGCGAGACGGACCUCAAAACGGGGGAUCUGGUUGCUGGGUGUGAGGCGUUUCCAUGGAAAUGUGACACUUUGGGGGGAUCCCUGAGUGGGGGUUCCUGUAUCAGCUCUCCCCUGUCCUCAAAGUAUGGCUCCUCCCCCUUGUCGGCAAGACACUCCCAUAGUCAGCCCUCAGUAGUGGCCCUGCCGUCCCCCCAAAAUCCUUAUGAUAUCUCCCAUAAUGGAAGUUUCUGCUCUUGCAACUCCUGCUGUAGGACAAAUGGGGAAAGGGACACUGACAGAGAAGAUGGUGACCCCAUAGAGGUGUCUUCAGUGUCCUUCCUUGACCCCUGUGACCCGACUGGUGACAGGACCCAGAAGGUCUCAUCAUUGGCCGACACACAAGCUGAAGAUAAUGGCAACAAUGUUCUGAAGUUGCAGAGGAUCAUGGAGGAGCUCUUGUUGACUGAGAGGGAGUAUGUACGAUCUCUAGGUUACGUCCGAGAGCACUACUUCCCCGAGCUGGAGAGGCCUGACGUGCCUCAGGACCUAAGGGGCCAGAGGGGGAGCAUUUUCGGCAACCUGGAGAAGCUCCAUGACUUCCAUCGACACCACUUCCUGAAAGAGCUGGAGGGCUGCCUCCGAGAGCCCUUCAGGGUGGGACGCAGCUUCCUACGACAUAGAGAGAGCUUUGGUUUGUACGCCCUCUACAGCAAGAACAAACCCAAGUCAGACAGCUUACUCAUCGACCACGGCCAUGACUUCUUCAAGCAAAAACAGAUAGAGCUGGGCGACAAGAUGGACCUGUCAUCAUACCUGCUGAAGCCGGUGCAGCGGAUCAGCAAGUACAGCCUACUGCUGCAGGACAUGGUGAGGGAUUGCGGACCCCACCGGGGCCGCGAGGAGGCCGAAGUCAGGCGUGCCCUUGAAGUCAUCCAGUUCCAGUUGCGCCAUGGCAACAACCUGCUGGCCAUGGACGACAUACAGGACUGUGAUGUCAACCUGAAGGAGCAGGGGCAGCUGAUUCGUCAGGACGAGUUCCUGGUGUCCUUCAGGAAGAAGAAGUGUUUCCGCCACAUCUUCCUCUUCCAGGACCUCGUCCUCUUCAGCAAGACCAAGUGGACUGAUGUGGGCAAUGACACUUAUGUCUACAAACAGUCAUUUAAGACCUCUGACAUUGGGAUGACCCAUAACUCGGGGGACAGCGGGCUGUGCUUUGAGAUCUGGUUCCGAAGGAGGAAGUCCCAGGACACGUACACGCUGCAGGCCGGGAACAGUGAGGUGAAGCAUGCCUGGACCAAAGACCUUGAGCGCAUCCUCUGGGAGCAGGCUGUACACAAUAGAGAGAUUCGUAUGCAGGAGAGGGUGUUCAUGGGUAUCGGGAACAAGCCCUUCAUGGACAUCCAGCCUAGCGAUGCAGCCAUCAACGACAGGGCAGUCAAUUGUGCUCUGAUGGGAAGGGGCGGGUGUCCUGUGCUGCGGCCUAACUCCAUUGGCUCGGGGAGCUGUUCGUCGUCUUCCGGCAGCCACUCCUCUUCGUCCUCUGGGAGAGGGUCCCUGUCGUCCGCCGUGGAGGGGUACCUGUGUGGCCCGAAGCGGAGGGGGGCGGGGGGUCCCGGGGGGUACUCCCCGCCCCCUGGGGUCCUGGAGGAGGAUGACAUGGACCAGGAGAGCGGAAGUCAGAAUCUACUGAUGAACAGCUCAGAGUCUUCAGGAGGGAGCGUGAGCGGCUUCAGCAGCUCCAGCCACAGCUGUCACUCCGCAAUUGGUAGAGAGGCGGAGGACGCCUCCUCCGUGUGCGCCUCCGUCGUCAGCCUGAAGGAGGUGCUAGCCCACAGACCCGAAGCCAACCUCCACAAGGCCAAGAGUCCCACCCGGUCCACAGAGAGAACCACCUCGCCCUCGCUCCCACACAGACCACCAGCCAUGACUAAGGAUCCACCUAAGGUUCAAAAUGUGGCCAUUGGAAAGUCAACUGAGGUUUGA